AUAAACAAAACUGAGAAUUGUUAAAUUUGGUGCAGAUUUGUUUAAUUUAUUUCAAAUUAUCAGUCAUUAUUUACAGAAAAUAUUGUUUUAUUUAAGUUCAUUUUUAAGUAAGCAUUAUGAGUUCUGAAUUAGUUUUAGGUAUUCGAUCAAAUUCACAAAAUUUAACAACCAUCAAAUUACGCGACAUUAAUUUAAACAAUAAAGUUGAAUUUUUAAGAUACCAGACUGCAGCAAAAGCUAAUUUAGCCAAGGAAUCGUUUGAACUCAUAUAUUGUGGUUGUAUUUUGGAAGAUGAUAUGUGCCUGGAAACUUGUGGUCUUAAAAGCGGUGCAAUGGUACAUGUUUUAAUGAAGAAGGAAGAAGAACCUCCAGUACCGGUGAAAUAUAUAUCUGAAGAAAGUAUUCUACAGUUGGCUUCUACAUUUAAAUCUUUUAAUGACAAUCCUGCAUUUAGAAGUGCCUUGCACCGUUUGAGUAAAAGGCCAGAAGUUAUAGAAAACAUUAUUUCGUCAUCUCCCGGAUUACACGAGGACACUGUUGCAAUUGCUAUGUUACAAGAUCCUGAUCUGAUGGGUCAUUUUACAGACAUAGAUACCAUUAAAAGAAUUGCUGAAUUGCAUCCAGUACUUGUAGAAGCUGCACAAAAUUUAGCUGCCGCCGUACAUGAAGAAGCACAUAACAAUGCCACAGCUGGUUCUAAUUCAACCCUGAUGAAUACACCCCCUACUGCAUACUCUUAUAGUUUAGAUAAUUUAAGCGACGAUGAGGAAAUGGCUGGAGACUCUUCACAAUCAUCGGAUUCUACUCAACCAUCGAAUUUGAGUUCUAAUCCAUCUAAUAAUAUUACUGCGCGAAUUGCAGCCGCUAUUUCAAGAGCAGGAAAUCGUGCCUUUCCAUUAUCCAACUCUCCGUCUUCUACAUCAGCUAGUAGUACAAAUUCAGGUGUUAUAACUACUGAAAUGUUUACGCAAGCUAUGCAACAAGCAUUUGCAACGACACCCCCACCGACAGCUACUACAGCUCCAACUUCUUUAUCGCCGAUAUUACCUGCCACAGUUCCAGAUUCUGUGGAUUUACAAAGACAAUUAGCCCAAAUGCACGAAAUGGGUCUCCAUGAUGAUAAUAUCAAUAUUCAAGCAUUGAUAUUAACAAAUGGCGAUGUACAAGCUGCGAUCGAACUUGUAUUUAAUAGUUUUAGUGACAAUUAGGAUAAUUAAUAAUAAAUACUCGUUUAUUACGAUGACCAAUAAA